AUGAAUUAAGAACUCACUAAACUAUUUGAUAAUCUUCCGGAGGGAAUUGUGCUUUAUAACUAAGAGGACAAAAAUAUUGUCUUGGCCAAUCAUGAAUUUAAAAGACUAUUUAAAGUCAAUAAUCAAUAGAAAUAGAACACUAAGGACUAUGAAUAAUUGAAAAACCUGAGGCUUUACGACUUCAAAUCCCAAUAAGAGAAUAUCCUUAAUAAUGACAUGUAAAAUGUGUUUACAGCAGCCGAAGCAGAGGGCUAAUAUUAUCAGGUUCAAUAAUUGAAAGAAGAUAGGCGUUGCUCUUAUCUUUAGAGUAACGAAACAGAGACUGAAAUCGUCACAUUUAGUAAACAGUAAAUUUUGUUCUAGAAUUUUUACCAUUCGAUGAUAAUGAUUAAAAACCUGACUCCUAUGAUGAAAUUAGAAAAACUGAAAGUCGAAAAUCAUUUUUACGAGAUGCUUACAGCUACAGUAUCUCAUGAUCUUAGAACCCCACUGAAUUCUAUGAUUGGCUUGUUGAAUAACAUGGAUAUGUACAUAAAUGAUACUUAAGGCAAAAGAUUUCUGAGUAUAAUUAAAAAUUCAAGUAGCUUCAUGCUGUUCUUGGUUAAUGAUCUACUGGAUUGUUUUUAGAUAAAAAAUGGGAAAUUUAAAAAAAAUAUGAAAUGGACUGAUAUGGCUAAAUCUAUAAGGGAGCUUAUCGAUAUGUUUAGUGUGGGUGCCAGAGAAAAAGGCAUUAAAAUACGGCUUGAAAUUUCCUAAAAUUUCCCUCAUGAAAUCUUUAUUGACGAACAAAGAAUUAAGCAGGUGAUCCUUAAUCUACUCCAAAAUGCUUUGAAAUUUACUUUCAAAGGCCAAAUAUCUUUAGAAGCCUCAUUUUGUAAAAUUAACAAAGAGUUGAAAAUCAGUGUGAUUGAUACAGGAGUUGGUAUUUCAACUGAAGAUUAGCGUAAUUUGUUUAAAAUGUUUGGAAAAUUAGAUGCUACAUCCUAGAUUAAUACCUCUGGAAUAGGAUUAGGUUUGAGUAUUUGUAAGUAGAUUGUAGAGGUAUUUGACGGAAAAAUUUAUGUGGAUGAUAAUGACUAACCCGGCACCAAAUUUACUUUCUAUGUCAAAUGCGAAGAUGGAAGUAUUCUUCUAGACUCAAAUAACAUACUUCUGACAGAGCGGCCAUUGCAAAAUAGUGAUGAGGAAAUAUAUGGCCUUGAUUAGUACCUUUAAGAUCCUACAAGCUGCUAAAAUCUAAAUUUUUCUUAGGAAAUAAGUUUUCAUCUUUGCAAAUAAGAUGUGUUAGGGUUUUAACCAUUCCAGAGGAAAUUUUCUCUUUUCAAUGAGGAAUAAAAAAUAAAUUGUGAGUGCCAGUCACUAAAUAAAAUACUAGUGGUUGAUGAUAACAUAUUCAAUGUGGUGACGUUGCAGACCAUAAUUGAAUAGAACUAAGGAUUUUAAUGUGAUAAAGCAAUGAACGGUAUAUAAGCCGUAGAAAUGUUUAAAUCAAGAUUAUAAGAAAAGUCUAGAUGCUAAUGUUUUUCUAAGGACAAAUCAUGCUCUUAUAACUUAAUAUUUAUGGACUGUAGUAUGCCUCUUUUAGAUGGUUUUGAAGCUACUAAAUAGAUACGAUUAAUUGAAAAAUCAUAGCCUAAUCUUUCUUAUUAAACUCGCAUAAUAGCCUUGACAGCUUACACAUCCGACUAAUUGCAUCAGCAGUGUCUUGAAUCAGGAAUGAAUAAGUUUGUAACUAAGCCAAUAUGCGCAAAAGCAAUCACUGAGAUUAUAGAGCAGUAUUUGACAAAAUGA